AUGGCCGACGCGCAGGAAGCGGCGACUACGACAGCGACCAGGACAGCCGAGGCUUCAGGACCUGAAGGGAACGCUGAGGUGUCGUCGUCGGUGCAUUGUAACGAGGCGACGGGAGACGAAGACGUGCUGGACAGUCCGAGCGAGAUGAAGAACCAGAAGAAGAAGAAGAAGAAGCGGAGUGCCAAGAAGAAAAAGAAGGGUACAGACACGGUUACGGUGGGGUACAAGGUACUGCCGUUCCGUGGUGUCUCAGGGUUUACAGAUAGUUACGUGGCUGUAGGUCAGACGGACCCGCCCACGGUUCCCAUUGAGCAGCUCUAUCCCGAUGGUCAGUAUCCCGAGGGUGAGCUCCAGGCCCAUCCGGGCGACUUUAAUACGUUCCGCUCAACGAGCGAAGAGAAGCGGGCGCUGGACCGCGCGCAGGAAGAUUUGUAUGCGACGGUGCGCCAUGCAGCAGAAGUGCACCGUCACGUGCGCAAGUUUGCACAGAGCAUUAUCAAGCCUGGCGUGAAGCUCAUUGAUAUGUGCACGCAGCUCGAGAAUAAGAAUCGAGAGCUCGUUGUGGAGGCUGGUUUUGCUCGUGGCAUUGGAUUCCCUACGGGCUGCUCGUUGAAUCACGUGGCGGCUCACUAUACACCUAACUCAGGUGACGAGACGGUUCUUUCGUACGGGGAUGUCAUGAAGGUGGACUUUGGCACGCACGUUAACGGGCGCAUCAUCGAUAGCGCGUGGACAGUAGCGUUUGACCCGCAGUUUGAUCCGCUGCUUGAAGCUGCUAAGGCUGCAACAGAGGCCGGCAUUGCACAUGCGGGCAUUGAUGCCCGUCUAGGUGAGAUUGGUGGCUUCAUUCAGGAAGUUAUGGAGUCGUAUGAAGUCACGAUUGAGGGCAAGACUUACCCGAUUAAGUCGAUUCGUAAUCUGAACGGCCACUCUAUUGGUCCGUACCAGAUCCACGGUGGCAAGAGCGUUCCGAUUGUAAAGACGGACGACCAGACCAAGAUGGAAGAGGGCGAGAUUUUUGCGAUCGAAACAUUUAACACUACUGGUCGUGGCUACGUGAUUGAAGAUGGCGAGUGCUCGCACUAUGCUAAGGCAUUUGAUGUGCCUCACGUACCUUUGCGUCUGCCGCGCGCUAAGAAAUUGCUAGGGCACAUCACUCGUACAUUCGGCACGCUACCGUGGUGUCGCCGAUGGAUUGAACGUGAGGACGGUGGCUCGGCCACAAUCAACCCAAAAGGCGCUAAGCAGGAGAAAUAUCUCAUGGCUUUGAAAAACCUGGUGGAUACGGGGAUUGUUACUGCAUACCCGCCGCUCGUGGAUGUGAAGGGUAGCUACACGGCUCAAUACGAGCACACGAUCGUCUUGCGUCCUACGUGCAAGGAGGUUGUGUCUCGCGGUGACGAUUACUAA